AUGGAAGACCUGUAUGGAUUGCAUACCUCAUUUUCUUGCUCUGAAGAUCUCACGGAAACAGGAAAUAUUACGCGAACCAUAAAUACUGCACUUUAUGGUCCAGUUGAUAACUUGUUUCAAUAUGAAUCAGCCGAAACAGAAGUCACCGGAUCAGAGAUGUCCGAUCUUAUCAAGACCCAGAUCGCCAAUCAUCCUCUCUACCCUAAAUUAGUAUCUGCUUACAUCGAAUGUCGAAAGGUCUUUCAUAAUUCUCUUCAUGGAUGUAAUCUAUAUGUUCAUAUGAACGUGGGAGCACCACCCGAAGUGGCUUCACUUCUUGAAGAAAUAAGCAAAGAAAAUCAUCCUAGCGGUAGUCACAGCGAGAUUGGAACUGAUCCUGAACUUGAUGAAUUCAUGGAGUCGUACUGUGAGGUUCUACAUAAAUACAAGGAGGAGCUGUCAAAGCCGUUCGAUGAAGCGGCGACGUUCUUGAGCGAUAUUGAAUUACAGCUUAGUAAUCUUUGCAAAGAAACGUUGACGACGACGACCACCUCUUUGUAUUCUGGGAAUUAUCACUCUGGUAACUGCUCAUUCUGUCCUGCUCAUGGUUAA